GGUGAUGGAGCUUGAGUUUGGGAUUGGGGAACAAUUCCUGGCAUGCCAGAGCUUCCUGAGCUCUGUGUGGGAUCAUGACUGGUGGCAGAGCCUGGGCUUGGGGAUCAAAUCCUGGGGUGCUGGAGCUUCCCAAGCACAUUGAGGGACCACAGCCACUGACAGAGCUCCCGGCCACCUGCUCGGGGUUGGGAUUGAACCCCGCGGUGUGGGAGCUUCCCGAGCUCCCUGUCAGAACACACCCGGUAACAGAGCUCCCGGCUUGGGUUUGGGAUUGAAUCCCGGGGUGCUGCAGCUCCCCGAGCUCCCUGCGGAGCUCCGGCCCCCUCUCGCCCUUUUAUGCGCGGGUGUCCCGGCGGGGCCGGCGCCGGGAGCCUGAUUGGCUCCACACCCCCGCGCCGCUUCCAGGCGUGUUCUCCUCCGGGCCAGGUAAAGCCUUCCCGCGGCCAGGUAAAGCCUUCCGACCCGGCCUCCCAGCAGCGCACCUCGCUCCGGCUCGCCUCAGGGGUUUUUUUUUGCCUUCCCCUUCCUCGUUCCCCCCCUUUUCCCCCCUUUUUCCCCGUUUUGCGGGCCGGGCCCGUCCCCGCGGGGGGAUGAGCGGCGGGCUGGUGGACGCGGCGGUGCUGGCCCCGCUCAAACCCGUCAGCAUGUCCGGGGACCCCCACGAGGACAGCGCGGUCUUCGAGGACAUCAAAGGCCCCUCCCGGCCCCUGGAGAACCCUCCGGACCUGGCGCAGCUGCACCCCAUGAGGAUGGACCAGCGGAUGCCGCCGCUCAUCCUGGAGGCGCGCUCCGAGAUGGACAAGUACCUGCCCAGCGAGGCGCCGCCUGUGCUGGUGGACAAGAAAUACCGCCGGGAGAGCGCCUCGGUGGUGGACGAGUUCUUCUCCACGGAGAAGCCCAGCUCCACGCCCUACAGCGUGAACAUCAACGUCAUCCUGCCCGACACCACCCACCUGCGCACGGGGCUCUACCGGCCCCCCAAGCCCGUGGCCCCCUUCCCGCAGAUCAAAACCGAGCCCGGCGCCGGCUUCUCCCAGCCCUGCUCGUCCUCCUCGGGCGCCACGCAGACCCUGCCCGACUUCACCAGCGUCUUCAGCAUGCCCCAGUCGGUGGCGGUCAACAACAUCUUCAUCAAGCAGGAGAUGCCCGCCGAGGUGCCGCUGCCUGCCCACCCACAGCCGUCCCAGCUCUUCCAGCUGCCCCUGGGUGCUGCCGGCGCCGACAUCCCCGCCCUGGCGUCCUCGUCCAGCAGCACCACGGCCGUCAGCUGCCUCAGCGGGGUCACCAUGUGCACAGGCUCGGUGGCUGGCAUGGCACACAGACCCGUGCAGCCAGCAGGGCCCCUCAAGCAGUACCCACACAUGGCCCAGGGACAGGGGAGCUUCGGGAACAUCCCCGGGCAGUUCUACCCCGCUCCGGGGGUGACCCUGCCCCCCUCGCCCCCCAACUCGCAGCCUGGCAGCCCCGAGAACCAACCCGAGCUCAUCAACACCAUCUCUCCCCCACCCUCCUAUGAAGCCACUUUUGGACUGAAGCUGGUCCAGUCGUCCCAGAUCCCCCCAGUUCCCAACGGCGUCGGGGGCCUCUCCCAGGGGCACCUCGUGAUGCAGCCCCCCAAGUACAACCGGCGUAACAACCCCGAGCUGGAGAAGAGGAGGAUCCACCACUGUGACUACCCAGGUUGCUCAAAGGUUUACACCAAGAGCUCCCAUCUGAAGGCACAUCAGAGGACUCACACAGGUGAGAAGCCCUACAAGUGCACGUGGGACGGCUGCGACUGGCGCUUCGCCCGCUCGGACGAGCUCACCCGGCACUACCGCAAGCACACGGGCGCCAAGCCCUUCAAGUGCCCGGCGUGCGGCCGCUGCUUCUCCCGCUCCGACCACCUGGCCCUGCACAUGAAGAGGCACCAGAACUAGGAGCCGCCGCCCUUCCUGCCUGUCCGAGAGCAGCUCAAAGCCUUCCCUCCUCCCCGGGAAGAGCCUGUACAUAGGAACGACCCCGCGCCACCAUCGACCGGGGCGGCAGGAGAGCCCCUGCCAGCCUGGCCCCGUCUGUGGUUUCACAAGAGACUGAAACCCACCCAGCUCAUUUCAAACGAGCCCUGGUCACAGACUGAUCUCCUGACAAGGCUCCUGGUGACAGCGGGGCCAUGGAGCUUGGAUUCCCAAGGGCUUUCUUCUGGCAAUCCUGCUAUUUAUUUGUCACUCAGGAGCGACUUAGUGUCUCAAGGUAUUUUUGGGAUGGGUUUUGCCUCUCUGCUGAGGCCCAGGAGGAUGUGACAGCUUGGCUGUGACAGAUCUCACUUGGAGACUCUUGGACACUCCCAUGGCAUAGCCAUGGAUGUGACACUGUGUGACCAUGGACAUGGCACCUUGUCCCAUGGUGUGACCAUGGAUGCAGCACUGGUGCCAUGGAGUGACCAUGGCUAUGCCACCUGUCCCAUGGCAUGGCCAUGGAUAUGGCACUGUCCCUCAUGGUGUGACCAUGGAUGUGGCACUGUCCCCCAUGGUGUGACCAUGGAUGUGGCACCUGUUCCAUGGUGUGACCAUGGAUGUGGCACUGUCCUCAUGGUGUGACCAUGGAUAUGGCACCUGUGCCAUGGUGUGACCAUGGAUGUGGCACUGUCCUCAUGGUGUGACCAUGGAUGUGGCACUGUCCCCCACGGUGUGACCAUGGAUGUGGCACCCGUGCCGUGUCAGAGCAGGAGCUGUGCCCAGGGCUGUCGGGGGUGACAAUCCCCAUCUCUGUGGGGGCAUAGAAGAACAGACCUGUGACAGACUCACCCUUCAGACAAGGGGCAGCACAGAAGCAGGUGACAAAACGUCACUGAGCCCAUUCCUGGCAGCCAACUUGGGACUGUGAACACCUGCCUGGCCUGGCCAGGUUUUUAUGGUUGUGUCCUUAGCAUUUCUGCUUCCAAGAGGAAUUUGGACUUCAGGUGUGUCUGGGAGGACCAGCGUGGGUUUGAAACCAAACAGGGACAGCAAAAGAGCCACUGCUGAAGGUCUGGUGUCCCAGAAUCCACCAGUGGUGCCCUUCUCCAAAAUCCUCCCGCAAGGACUCGGUGGCUGCUGGUGCCACCGGGCUUGUGCUGUUGCCAUUCCAUAAGAUGGGGAAAAAAAAAGGGAAAAAAGCAUCUUGGAAACAAAUUCUAAUGAAUCCUGCUGUUCAGAGUGGAAUCACGUGACUACCUCACAGGUUCACCACCUCUGGCUCCCUAGGCUCCUUCCCCCCGUCCUGUGGGAUGCACAUCCCCGUUCUCCAAAGCCUUCCAGGGGUUAAAUUUGGGCACAACAAGAGCCAGUUCCAAGACCAGCUGUGAGAGUUAUAAAUAAAUCAGGACCAAAUAAUGGGCCUGCUGUGUCCAGCAGAGUAUUGAUUUGUUCCACACCCUCCUCCUCCUCUCUUGUUUUCCCUUGGAUAAAUUCAGGUGACGCACAGAUUGAUGUGUGGGAUGAAGGCCACGCUGGACCAUGGCAUGGUCAGGCUGGAAUUUGGAGGUCACUCCUCUCUGCUGUUGCCAAAGCUGCUGCUGGGUUCCUGCCUGGCCUUUUCCUUGGAUAAGCAGCACCAAUCCCAUCGGUCUGUGUGACAGGAGAGGAGGGCAGGGAGGAUUUGGGGUCCUUGGUGUGCUGUAGACUUCGGGAUGGACGAUGGCCCAGCUCUGUGGCGACUCUUCCCUGUGGCUCUUUGGCCAGGAGCCUCCUAUGCCACCAGGGAGGGUGGGAAUGGAGGAGGGAAAGGCCAUGGAAUUGUUGGAUGAUUUUCCCAACAGUGGGAACAGUUUUCCAGCCCUCAGCACCAACCUCCACACUCCAAGAUGAUUUUCUAGGGCGUCGCUUGUGGUUGAACCUCCCCAGUGCAGGAGCCAAACCACAAGGCACAGGGUCCCGUGUGUGUCACCAUCAGCCCCACCCAUGACCCUGUCAGAGGGGUCUCUUCACCCCCCUCUGCCUUUGGAGAAGGAAACCUCCUCUUCCCAUCCCUGAUUCUCCUCUUUCCCCACCCUGUGAUGCUGAUGGAGCCCAAAACCAGUUUCCUAAAAACCAGUACAAAGCCAAAUGGACCAACAGGCAGCUUGAAAUCCAAGGGGAAUUGGACAUAAUUUUCCUGCUAAUCUUGGGAAUCCUUUUCCCUACAGCCUCUACUUGUCCUCCCCUGGACUCUGUGUAAAUAUAUAAAUAUAUAUAUAUUGUUUUUUAUUAUUUGAUAAGGGGCAGAAGUGUUUUAGCACCCACCCACUGCUCUGUAUGCAAACUCCUCACAUGCAAAUGCUUCUCUAUGCAACCAUUUUUUUUGUUUUUAAAAAUGAAAAUCAUGGCAAAUCCUUGGCUUUUAUUCCUUUAUUUUUCUAUGAACAGAGUGGACAGCUCUGGGUUUGUAUUGGUGGCCGAGGGCAGCUGUUUUUGGGGAGAAAUCCGGGGAAAGGGGAGUGGUGCUGAUGGAGCCACGUGACACUUGUGACAAAUGAAGGUGCCUCCAUUCCCCAGUCCCCUGGGACGUUUUGGAAAAGCUUUGCAAGGAGUGGAUCAAACGCUGGAAUGUGGGUGCCUCACCUCUCUUUGAUAAUGGGGAGAAAAUCUCUGUAAAUAGGCCAAAAGUGCUGUGUGACUUUGUGGGUUCUUCCAGGUGAUCCUUUAUUAUCCAAGAUGAACACAAUUGGGAAGAAAUUGGGGCCUGGAAAAUGUGUGGGGGAGGGAAGAUUUCUUUUCCUGUGAUGCUGUGUUUGUACAGAACCCCUCUCCCCCCACCGAAUUCCCCAGGAAUACUGAUCCAUCUCCUAUUUUGUAAUAAAAUUUUAUCACCUGCA